AGUUUGUUUGGCUGAAAGAGCUGUCAGUUCCUUGCGGUUUGUAUCAUUGAAGGGUCACGGUUUUCUGUUUUGUAAAUUGUAGAAACGCUUCGGGUUAUAUUGUUAAUAACGUCACUGAAAUAAAAACGCAAGACACAAGACAGCAGAAACCAGCUUUUAGAAGGAUGUCAAGAGACCUGCCAUUGGAUAUUAACAUAAAGGAGCCACAAUGGGAUCAAAGCACAUUUGUUGGACGGGCUAAGCAUUUCUUCACUGUGACGGACCCCAGGAAUGUCUUAUUAUCCAGCGCAGCACUGGAGGAUGCCAGGAGGAUUAUAGAAAAUUAUAGGGCAGGAAUAGUAAGCCCAGGAUUAACAGAAGAUGAGCUGUGGAGAGCCAAAUAUAUUUACGACUCUGCAUUCCAUCCGGAUACUGGUGAGAAGAUGUUUCUAAUUGGGAGGAUGUCUGCACAAGUUCCAAUGAAUAUGACCAUCACUGGCUGCAUGCUCACUUUCUACAGGACAACUCCAGCUGUGGUCUUCUGGCAGUGGGUAAACCAGUCAUUCAACGCUAUCGUCAAUUACACAAACCGCAGCGGAGAUGCCCCCAUUACUGUGAAUCAACUAGGUGCUGCCUAUGUGAGUGCCACAACAGGAGCAGUUGUCACAGCACUGGGGCUGAAAUCUUUAACCAAGCAUUUACCUGCAAUUAUUGGUCGUUUUGUUCCAUUUGCAGCAGUGGCUGCAGCAAACUGCAUCAACAUUCCUUUUAUGAGGCAAAGAGAACUGAAAUAUGGGAUUCCAGUGACCGAUGAAGAUGGAAAGCGCCUUGGAGAAUCUGCUAAAGCGGCUCAGCAAGCUAUUGCUCAAGUUGUUGUCUCCCGUAUUGGUAUGGCAGUUCCUGCAAUGGCCAUUCCACCGGUUAUUAUGAAUGCACUGGAAAAAAGAGCUUUCCUGAAGCGAUUUCCAGUUUUCAAUGCUCCUAUACAGGUUGGCUUGGUAGGAUUCUGUCUUGUCUUUGCUACUCCACUGUGUUGUGCCCUUUUCCCACAGAAAAGCUCAAUGAAAGUAAGCAGCCUUGAACCAGAACUUCAGGCCCUGAUUCAAGAGAACAGUCCUCAUACACACACAGUCUAUUUUAAUAAGGGUUUGUAGAUGUCAACCAGAAUUCACACAUGAUGACAAUUUUAGAGAAGCUUUACUUUUUAUGGUGUCAUAAGAGUAUUGUUUGCUCAAGGUAGGUAAUUGCAAGCAUAAUGCACCAGGUUUUUUAAAACUAUUUUUUCUUCAAUAAGGAACUUGCACAGCAGGUGUUCCUCUAUUGCAUUUGUCUUUAGAUGGCCUGGAUAUAUUUCAAAUCCUCCCGUUACUUGCAUACUAACUUCAUUUACUGGACAGCUUUAAACAUUGGUUGUUGACCUUUGUGGCAAUCUGGGAAAUUACGCACAGAACAAAUAUUUUGUAAUCUAUCAGUGGCUGCUUGAUAGCAGUACAGAAAUAUAUUUUAUAAUGCACAAUUGGCAGCCUCAGACGGUCAGUAUUUCCAAUAUACCAAAUCAUGUAGGUGAUAAUUUCAAUAUAUAGAAGUAAUUCUGUAGUUUUAAAAUAUGUUUUAAAUUAUUUGUAAAUUGCCUGGUGCUUAUUUAUAAAAUUCAGGUCAGUGUUUAAUUUGGUAGUUUUUAUCAUAAGGGACACAGAGUGCUCACUUUGGCAGUGAAACAAUCAAAUCCAACAAUUCUUCCUGCAUAUAAUGUGUAAUGAUAGAUCACCUCUUAAUUCUACUGAAAGACUGAACUCCAUCUGAAUCAAAAGGCAGCUUAGUUGUUUUAUUUUGUCAAAUCAAAUUUUAUUCCAUUUGGGACUUUUUUUUUCUCCAUUUCUAUGCUUUCUUCUUUAUUAAACGUAUAUGAAAUAGCAGGGCUAUAAUCUGAAAAAAAAGACAUGGAGAUAAGGCUUGAUCCCCAGAGGAAAAAGUGUUUAGGGAAAUAACUCCAUCUGGUGGUCUUCACGCACCAUGUAUAAAACAUCAACCCAGUCUAAUAGGUAGCUGUCUUUGAAGCCAGUAUUCACAUACAGUACAUUCAGAUAGUAUUCUGACUCCUUCCUCUUUUUCACAGUUUGUCGCAACCUUGUGCUAAAUUUUUUGUUCCCUCUUCAAACAACACUCAAUUUCCCAGAAUGACAAAGCAAAAAAUGAUUUUAGACAUUUUUGCAGAUGUAUGAAAAAUAAUACCCUGAAAUGUCACAUGGGUGGCACGGUGGUAGCGCUGCUGCCUCGCAGUUAGGAGACCCGGGUUCGCUUCCCAGGUU